UCCCCCUCAUUAUUAUUAUUACCUCCUCGGUAUAGGUACGGCUUCCGUUAGUUAGUCCCUUUGUCCUCCGAUCCCUCUCGACAUUACAACAAACACUCCUGGCCUUCCGGCAGACACCGCUUUUCCUGUACAGUGUGCUGCAUCUGGUUGCUCGCGUGAUCCAAGGGUGGGAAAGCUAAUCAGUGCCCGAUCCAGUUCCAUUAUCUCUAGAACUUUAUCCUCUCUUAUAUAGUUGGCCUGCAAGUCCCUUCGUAACGCCUCGUCGCCAACAACUGAUUUUCAUCAUGGAUACCUCCGAGGUUCGACAACGAAAGCAUGACCCUCAACUGAAUCACACAGCCGCUCCGAAAAAGCAGCCUUCUGACAGUCAGGAUGAGGAACCCCGUUUGAAGCAUGGCAUUGCGAUGCAGCUUCUCCGCUCUUUGCUCCUGGCCACAUGGUUCAACUGCUGCUGCGUCGCCAUCCUAGCGACCCAGGUCAUCGGCUCCCCUCUAUACGUGAUAAACAAGGAUUGGUAUUAUUCCUAUAUGGCGUACACAAAGCAGUCCUUUGGCUUGGUCAUUACGGCUCUCACUCAAUGGGGCUGUCCUACCUUUGUGCGAGUCAGCGGUGACAAGAGUGUACGGGGUCAGGUCCACGUCGCAGAGGAUGGGCGCUUAAAGACCCAAUUUCCAGAGCGAUUGGUCCUCAUAGCCAAUCACCAGGUGUAUACUGAUUGGAUCUAUCUGUGGUGGGUGGCAUACACGAAUACGAUGCACGGCCGCAUCUUCAUCAUCCUUAAGGAAUCCUUGAAGUACAUUCCUAUUAUCGGCCAGGGUAUGACCUUUUACGGCUUUAUUUUCAUGGCUCGCAAAUGGUUGUCCGACAAGCCCCGUCUGCAACAUCGAUUGGAGAAGCUGAAGACUCAGCAUACGGGAUCGCAGUCAGGCUCCCCGCAAUAUGACCCCAUGUGGCUUCUGAUCUUUCCUGAGGGGACGAACCUAUCAAUCAACACCAGGCGGCGGAGUGCAGAGUAUGCCGCAAAGCAGGGACUCUCCCCUUUGAAGCAUGAGCUGAUUCCCCGCUCCACUGGUUUAUUUUUCUGUCUACAGCAGCUGCGCGGGACAGUGGAGUGGGUCUAUGACUGCACCGUAGCCUACGAAGGACCUCCUAAGGGUAGUCUACCUGACAAGUACUUUACCCUUCGGUCGACGUAUCUGCAGGGGCGACCGCCCACUUCGGUCAAUAUGCAUUGGAGACGUUUUGCCGUGUCCGAGAUCCCUCUGGAUGACCAGCAAGAGUUUGACUCGUGGCUCCGCGAGCGUUGGACCGAGAAGGACCACUUGCUUGAGGAGUACUACGAGACAGGGAGGUUCCCGUCCGAGCUGGCUGGGUCUAUCGAGUCGCAAUCCUUCCCAUUGCCCCAUCCACAACACAACACAUUGCUUAAAGCAGUGCCCGCACACGCCAUGGCGUCCCUUCAGAAUGGCCACGCCAAUGGCACGAAUGGCGAUUCUCUUCCAGCGGCCAACCCGUUGCCCAAUCUCCGUUUUUCUGACAUUCCCUCCGCCAUCGACAUUCCCGCGUCCACCCUCGACAGUGAAGUCGAGGUCAGCCUAGAGAUUCUUCCAGAUGACCCAACCGAGCUCUGCACAUUGUUGGAGAACGAAAAGGCCGCUAAGAACUUUUGGGUCACGAUCGCGCUGGCAUACGCCAAGCAGAAGCAACUCGAUCAUGCCAUCGACAUCUUAAACAAAGGUCUCGCGUCGGUCGCUCAUGGAGCCACGAAAGAGAAACUCGGUCUGCUGGGAUGGGUUUGCUGGCUGUUGAUGUUGAAGAGUCGGAAUGCCCCGCGCGUUGCACCCGAGGGAGAAUUGUACACCGAGGCGAAGACGAAGGAUCAUUAUCUCCAACUUGCGACGUCGACUCUGAACGAGGCUUCACGACUGAAUCCGGCGUUCCCCCCUCUGUUCCUGGCGCGAGGUGUCCUGUCGCUGCUGCGCGCCUCGCUACAUCCACCCCGUCCUGUUCGCCCGGGCACCGUUGACACAUCCGAGAGGGUAGAAUCGCUGCGGCAGGCGCUCAAGUGCUUCGAUGAGUCGUCCAAGGCUUUUGGUGGUCGGAAUGUCAUGGCCAUCCUUGGGCGCGCGAGAACGCAAUACUUGCUCGGCCGAUACGCCGAGGCCCUGGAAGGCUACCAGAAGGUUCUGAUGAAGAUGCCCAGUUUGACAGAUCCCGACCCGCGGAUUGGUAUCGGCAGUUGCUUGUGGCAGUUGGGCUUCAAAGAGCAGGCCAAGGUUGCUUGGGAGCGAGCUCUGGCGUUGAACCCUGACUCCAAGGUCGCCAAUAUUCUCCUCGCAGUAUACUAUCUUUACGACAACCCGGCCUUCGGUUCAUUGUACAAGGUAGCAAUGACUCAGUACACGCAGAAGGCGUUCAAAUUGGACAAGGAAUACCCCAUGACUUGUUCUCUGUUUGGCGGGUACUUCCUCCUCCGGAAGGCUUACUCCACCGUCGAGACCCUGGCCCGGAAGGCCAUCGAACACACCGAUGUCAUGCAGAUUGCCAGCGACGGCUGGUAUCUCCUUGGCGACCUGACGCGUGCUGCGGAGUAUUACAACCGCUCCGACCAGGCUCGUGGCGGUGGUGAGAAGGGAUACCUCCCGGCCAAGUUCGGCACGGUACAGAUGCAAGUGUCCAACAAGGACUUCGACGGAGCCAAAUUCCGCCUCGAAAAGAUUAUCCAGCAGACGAAGAAUGCCGAAUGCAUGGAGGUCUUCGCGGCGCAGAGAAGCGGCAGCAAGGAAGACAAGUCGGCUGAGAUCAAGAAGGCCAUCAACCUUCUGGAAUCGGUUCGCGCCCUCUGGAAGGACGAGACCAAGAAGAUCUCGCCCGACGAGUCCGUCUUGAGCGCUCCCGAGAAGAGCAUGCAGUGUCUCACCCAGCUGGAAGAGAUGCAAUUGGCAGAGGUCGCAGAGGAGGAGCGCCCUGAAGGUGUCGUAGAUGAAGAGCAGGUCAAGGCAGCUCUCCGCGUCCACCUUCCCCCGCAACUCCUCAACAACAUGGGAUGCUUCCUGUAUCAAGCUGAGAAGAUCGAACGAGCCCGGACCAUGUUCCAAGCAGCGCUGGAUGCCUGCGUCCGGUCCAAGGAGAAGGAAAGCGAGCUCGACACCGACGCGCUCGUCACCACCAUCAGCUUCAACCUGGGCCGGACCUACGAGGCAGCCGACAUGCCGGAAGAAGCCAAGAAGGUGUACCAGGGUCUCCUCGAGCCCAAUGCACGCUUGACCCCCACAGACGAGGGCCCGAAGAAGAUGGCCAAGCUCUACGAAGCUGACUCGACCAACCUGGAAGUACGCGCCCUGUUCGGCUGGUACCUCAGCAAGUCCAAGAAGCGGGCAGCCAACCUGGCUGAGGACCACGAACAGCGCCACUACAAACACACCCUGCAAUACUACGACAAGCACGACCGGUACUCCCUGACGGGCAUGGGCAACAUCCACUUGUCUACAGCGCGCGAUAUGCGCCGCGACAGCGACCAGGAUAAAGAAAAGCGGCGCAAGAUGUAUGAGCGAGCCGUCGAGUUCUUCGACAAGGCCCUCCAACUGGACCCCCGCAACGCAUACGCCGCCCAAGGUAUCGCCAUCGCCCUUGUCGAUGAUAAAAAGGACCACGCCUCCGCCGUGCACAUCUUCUCCAAGAUCCGUGACACAUUACGCGACGCCAGCGUCUACCUCAACCUCGGCCACGUCUACGCCGAGCUCCGCCAAUACACCCGAUCGAUCGAGCACUACGAAGCCGCACUAUCCAAAGACCGCGCCCGCGACGCACAAAUCCUCGCCUGCCUCGGCCGCGUCUGGCUUGCCAAGGGCAAGCAAGAGAUGAACCUGCAGGCUAUGAAAACCGCCCUCGACUACGCGCAGCGCGCCCACUCCGUCGCUCCGGGCCAAGUCCACCUCGAAUUCAACGUCGCCUUCGUCCAGAACCAAAUCGCCUCCCUCACCUACGGCCUCCCGGAAACGCAAAAGACGGUCCAAGACGUCCAAGAUGCCGCUGAAGGCCUCCAACAAGCCGUGGAGACCUUCAACCGCGUAGCUCAAGCCAAGAACCCACCGUACCCAUCCAGCGCCUUGGAACAGCGCGCCAACAUGGGUCGCACCAUCUUGAAGCAACUCGAGCGCGCGCUCCAAAGUCAAAAGGAAUACGAAGAGAAGAACGCCGCCAAGCUCCAACAAGCGCGCGAGGCGCGUGAAGCCGAAAAGCGCCAGCGCGAAGAAGAAGUGCGCAAGGCUCAGGAAGCAGAGCGCGAGCGCAAACAGCGCGUAGCGGAGGAGCGGCAGCGCAUGAUCGAGGAAGCGCAGCGAUUGGCGGAGCAGCGCGCGGAAGAAGAACGUGCGCGUGAGGAAGCGGAACUUACCACUGAGUCGGAGACGGGUGCUAAGGUUAAGCGCAAGAAGAGGAUGACGUCUACUAAGCGCAAGAAGAAGCGCAACGAGGACGACUUCAUCAAUGAUGGGGGCGAUUCUCCUUCUAGAGAGAGGAGCUCGGAACCGGACUCCGAUGGCGAAGCGGCGGCGGCGCCGAAGAAGCGCCGGCGUCUGGAACGUCGGUCUGGUAGUAAGGCGCAGCAGAGCAAGUACAAGAGUAGUGAGAUGGUGGUGGAUUCGGAUGACGAGGAGGAGGGGGUGGAUGAGGACCAUGCGAUGCGUGAUACUGGGGCGAAUGAUGACGAGGAUGAAGAAGAGCAGGAUGUGGUGCAGCGUCGUCGGGCCAAGGUCAGUCGACGAGUGGCUGAUGAUGAUGAAGAUGAGGAUGAGGAUGAGGAUAAUGGGGCGGCGGUGGCUGGAGGAGGGGGCGAAGGGGCCACAACUGGGGGCGAUGGGGGCGAAGACGAUGAUGAUGGCUUGUUCAAUGACGAUGGUGGUGAUGAUGAUAUGGAUCUGAAGGAGGAUGAGUGAAUAAGGGAGUGAGUGAUCUAGAUCGAUCUUACUUAACCUACCUACUACCUCUUUAGGAGCUUGUUUGUUGGGUGGGGAGGAGAGCAGAGCGGAGCAGAGCAGAAGGAACAUGUAGUUUUACGGAUGGUUGUGCCUUGCUUGUUAUCUUUCUCUAUGUGUUUCUUUUUAUUUUUUAUUUUUUUUUGUCCCCCUUUGAUUCCAACUUUCCAUUCAUGUAUUUGAAGAGAUGGCGUUGGGAUUGGAUGUUCGAUACUUCAGAUAUUAUUACUACUGCUACUACUUACUUAUAUCGGU